AUGGAGGAGGAAUAUCUGUCGUGUGAUGUAACUAAUCCCAUCAAGAUGUACAUGGACGGCUUAGAUAUAAUCGCUCUUGUCGGAGAAGGAAUCCGCUACUUCGCGAGUGGGAACCUCGAGAGCUGCAAAAACGGGUUGAAGCUACACGUGGAAGUGAAGCCACCAGAGAAAAAUGAAGGCCAGAUGGCGUUGGCAGAUGGGCCCACCCCUUCUAUAUCAGCCCAACAUAGUGGGCUUUCUUUUCUUUUUGUUGUUGGGCUGUUGGUUGAUGGGGAUAGGUUGAAUGUGAGAGUCCGAAUAAUGCCAUGUUCGAAGUUCUAA